UAUAUACUUUUUUUGAGAUGUAUAUCUAGCAUUGCUCUUAUAAAUUAAAUUACUCCUCUCGGCCCCAGAGAGGCAUCAUCCUAGACACCAAAUUACGUCGAUGGCUGCGGCAGGGGACGAGGGAAAGGCGGUCGAGAAGCUGGAGAGCGGCGGUGCCGCAGCCGAUGUGGGGGAUGCGACUGCGGCAGUGGCGGCGGCAGGAGGUGGGGUGAAGUACAGGGGGUGGGGGGCGAUGCCGUAUAUCAUCGGGAACGAGACGUUCGAGAAGCUGGGGACGCUGGGGACGUCGUCGAACCUGCUGGUCUACCUGACGGCAGUCUUCCACAUGCCCAGCGUCGACGCCGCCGCACUCCUCAACGCCUUCAACGGCACCACCAGCCUCGCCCCCAUCGCCGGCGCCUUCCUCUCCGACGCCUUCCUCGGCCGCUACUCCACCCUCGCCUUCGCCUCCAUCGCCUCCCUCCUGGGCAUGUUCAUACUCACCCUCACGGCCGCCGUUGCCGGCUUGCAUCCCCCGAGCUGCGCCCCAGGUGCGACGUGCCUUCGUGCAACUCCGUAUCAAACGUCGGUCCUCUUCGCGGCCUUCGCCUUCUUGGUGGUGGGCGCGGGCGGCAUCCGGCCCUGCAGCAUGCCGUUCGGUGCAGACCAGUUCGACCCGCACACGGAGUCGGGCAAGCGGGGCAUCAACAGCUUCUUCAACUGGUACUACUUCACGUUCACCUUCGCGAUAAUGAUCUCCGCGACCGUGAUCAUCUACGUUCAGAGCGCCGUCAGCUGGUCCAUCGGCCUCGGCAUCCCCACCAUCCUCAUGUUCAUUGCCUGCGUGAUCUUCUUCAUGGGCUCGAGGAUCUACGUGAAGGUCCGGCCUGAGGGGAGCCCGUUCACGAGCAUCGUGCAGGUAGUCGCGGCGUGCAUUAGCAAGCGAAAACUGAAGCAGCCCAAGGAUCCAAAACAGGCCCUCUUUGAUCCACCACAUCUUAGCUUACUAGUGACCAAGCUUCAACACACUGACCAGUUCAGAUUUCUCGACAAAGCUGCGAUCAUAACUCCCGCCGACGAAAUAAAACCGAACGGCUUCGCCGCGAACCCGUGGAAGCUAUGCAGCUUGCAGCAAGUCGAAGAGGUGAAAUGCUUGCUCCGAAUCAUCCCCGUCUGGUCGACCGGCAUAAUCUACUACGUCGCGGUCGUGCAGCAGUCGACCUACGUCGUCCUGUCGGCCCUCCAGUCCGACAGGCACCUCGGCGACGACCACUUCGAGAUCCCCGCCGCCUCGUUCACCGUGUUCUCCAUGCUGGCGCAGACGAUAUGGAUACCGAUCUACGACCGCCUGCUGGUGCCCUGGCUCCGGAGGAUGACGAAGAGAGAGGACGGAAUCUCGCUCCUCCACCGGAUGGGGAUCGGGAUAUUCCUCUCGAUCAUCGCGAUGAUCAUGUCGGCGGCGAUCGAGGCGAAGCGGAGGAGCGUGGCGCUGCACCACCCGACUCUCGGCCUGUCGGCCGGCGGGGGAGCAAUCUCCUCAAUGCACAGCCUUUGGAUGGUGCCACAAUUGAUGAUUCUGGGGGUGUCUGAGGCAUUUAACUUGAUCAGCCAGAUAGAGUUCUACUACAAGGAGUUCCCUGAGCACAUGAGGAGUGUGGCUGGGUCUCUGGCCUUUUUGAACCUGGCAGGGGGGAACUACUUGAGUGGGUUUCUGGUGACAAUUGUUCACAAGACCACAGGAGUGAAGGGGGGGAGGAAUUGGUUGGCCCAGGAUCUUAAUGAGGGGAGAUUGGACUUCUUUUACUUGUUAAUCGCGGCGAUCGGGGUCUUAAACUUGGUUUAUUUUGUGAUCUGCGCAAAGUGGUACAGAUACAAAGGGGCUAGUUAGAUGACCUGACUGUGGGAUCUGAGCUUGUCUAGCAAAUUUCUGAUGCUGUUAUUAAGGUUAUGUAGUUGCUUAAAGAAGCACCUUUAUAGUGAAAAGGAAGGGGUGUAUUUUGAUUGGCAGUUAUUAGUAUUGUUUUUUUUUUUUUUUUU